UCCCUAUUUAUUAUUAUUUUUUUUUUUAACAACAAAUUGAUGUGAGUUCUGGCCAUUUUCUAUUCGUCAUGGAGAACUCCGCUGGCAUCGGGGACCUGGCCAGCGUCUCGUUUGCCGACUUUGGGACAAAGACCUCGGGAGAGGAUGGGCCCUGCUACGAGAGCUACGUGCAACAGCCCAAGCAUGACAUGACGUUGAAUCUGUCCUUGGGGCAAAAGGAGAACCUGUUUGCUGCCGAUCAAACGCCCACACCCACGCGCCUCAUCAAGAACUGCGACGAAGUGGGCCUCUUUGAGGACCUGCAGCAUGUCAAUCCCUUCGACAUUGGAUUCCAGCGUGCGGCAGAACAGAACGUGAGUGGCACGCCAAAUCGUCCAGAAGCUCCACAGAAUGAUGGCGAGCCCCUGCACACGCCACAAGUCUACCCCCUGGAGACGGUUUCGGUCCACACUACUGCCCCGCCUCCCGUCCCGGUUGGAACGGUAAUGCGAAGCGAGAGCUGCAGUUCGAUAAAUGUGGAGCAGCUGCUGGCCAGUGACACCACCACAGCUACGACAACAGUCUGCGCUGAAGAUCCGCUCCCCAUACAGUUGAUACAACCCCAAGUUAUUGCUUGGGUACUGCCUGCACAGACGGAUUGCAUGGAGCGGCGUCGAGCGGCUGCCAGCCGCUACAGGAACAAGAUGCGCAACGAGCAGAAGGACCUUUGGAUGCAAAACUCUCAAUUGCAGCAGCAGAAUCAGGAUCUGCGCGAGAGGAUAGCCAGGCUUGAGAAGGAACUGAAUCAGCACAACAGCAGCAUGGUUGGUGUUGUGGCAAAUCAACUAAAAAUUCCUCCAUCGAGCAUUCACCUGCUCAUCAAUGUCCCCAGUAUGCUAGUGCCUUCGUCUGCACAAAUUACGAGUGUGGAUAUAAAGUAACAUGCACAGAAUGCCUUUGCCCCUAAGAUGCAACGUAUCCCAGUGGGUUUGAUUUUAUGUAAAUAUUUAUUUGUAUGCUAUGGUGCCAUGAUAAUAAUUCUAGCUUAGACAUUAUUUAUUUGUACAAUAAGUCCUUCUUGCGCUUUCCUCUGAGAAGUAUUGCUUUCACGCUCCUGACCUAUCAGUGCUUAUUAUGUCUGAGAACUCCCGCAGGAUUUCCGUAAUGGAGUUUUCGAUAGCCAAAAGCGGUGAUAUCAUUUGCGAUGAUGAAUCCGCAGGCUGAACUAUUUCCAUGGUCAUCUGGAAGAAAGAGAUCAAUUAAACAGACAGAAGGAAUAAGAAGAACAAA